AUGAUCUACUUCAACUUCAUGCCCUUGAAGCGUGCCGUCAUCAUGCCAUGUGACUUCACCCAAGCUCAACUUCUUGCACCUGUACAUGAUCAACUGGGUGCCCGUCUACCUGGCCUCCUGAGCUUCUUCCUGCGCAAGAACUGGUCUGGGAUCUUGCAGUCUCCACCGGAUUGUGACCUCCUCAGUCGCCAAUGCGUUUUUUGCGCGCAGUCAAUCGAGCCGAAUGAAAUGCUGUCACAUCAUGUCCUGCACCAUGCCUUUGACAAGCACUAUGGACAUCAAUUCAUUGAGAUGUGGAACAAACAACACCUGACUCAUGCACACUGCGUUUGUCACACCAUGCAGUCUUUGUCGGAUCCAGCGACAUCAUGUCAGCUGCUCAAGCACAACUGCCCAGUGGUCACUCAGCUGGCUGCCCUGUGUUCUGCCAUCGUGGUUCGUGACAUCGAUGGAAGAAUCGGUUCCGAUGAACGUCCAGGACUUCUCGUACCAGCUGCAGGAGACAAUGGGAGUCCUCGCACCAAUGCUGCUGACCAACAGGGGAAGUACAAGCGGCAACGAACCCAGAGUGGCAGAGAAGAGACAGCGGACCGACUCCUCAGCAGUUCAGCUCAGCCAGCCCCAACUCACCCACUUGCUGAAAACGAUGAACCUCCUCAUCAAGCACGAGGAUCAGCUCCAAAGCAUCGCCAAGCAGGAUUGCUUCAUUUUUUCACCACACCCGGAGAUGCUGGCAUCCAGCCCACCCUGCUGCAGGAGACCAACAAGUGGACACAGGAAAUGCAGAACAGCAAUCCUCCCUCCACUCCGCUCCGCCUGAUCUUGAUCCGGGCAAUCUUCGAGACCCUGCUGGAGAGGGUGCAAAAGAUCAGCAACAUGGAUCGCAACUCACCUGCUUGGAGUCAGACGGUGAGCGCUCAGGUCGCCCUGGCCAUUCUUGACAUGGAACCACGGCAAGAGCAAGCUGGAGAGAUCAAUCAGACCAAGGGCCUGUCCAUGAAGACCCUUAUGGAGACCCUGCAGGAGAAUCGGGAGCUGCUGUGUGCUUCAGAUUGGUCUGCGCGCGUACAGCAGUGUAUGGCACUUGCUCCAGAUGACGUUCCACCCUCACAAUGCCAAGAGAUCCAACCUGGCAACGACGAUUCAUCAGAGCCUGAUUGCAGAGCACAAGAACCCUCGUGCUCCGAAGGGGAAAGGGAAAGGCAAAGGCAAACGAUCAUUUUGACUGAGCCCUCCAUGUCCUUUGACCGGAGCGCUGCAAGGGAGGCCCUUUGUCGCAUUCUCCUCCGGAAUCCUGGAGAUUGGCGCUAUUUGAAUGCCACCUUGACCGGCCUCCUUUGGAUGCUGCUGCGUGGCCCAGAUGAGGCCACACAUGCUGAGCUUUGGGGACCACACGCCUUAAACUGGAAGGCAGUUUUGACAGCCUGUGCACAAGCGCAGGAAAUCUCUUUGUAUGCGCUGCAGGCCAUUGCGCCGCUGCUGCGCUUUUGGGCCACUCCUGAGAGCAGAGAUUGCUUCAUGGGGACCAGGUGGAGAUUCAUGAAAAAGGAGGAGAGCAUUGCCUGCUGGCUGCUGCCCUGUAAUUCCCUCCACAUCUCGGAUUGCUUGGCCUCCUGGUUGCGCCACUUAGGUAUGAGAACAGCCUUCGUCUCGGCGACCCCCUUCAAAUGCCUCCACAUCGACAGGGGCUAUCUGUUACACAAUGAAGCCUUGCGGAUCCCCGAGAUUCGCUUUGAAGAGGUGAUCCAGGUCCCGAUCUUUGACGGUGACCAACUUCACUACAGCUACCGUCCCUAUCAGGUGCUGGCCAUCUUGGCCCAUUUCGGUGACAGGCACGGCGGGCAUUACGUGGUGCUGAUGCGCCGCGAAGGGCUAUGGAUUGAGAAGAAUGAUGGAAGGCAGCCGAUCUAUCACGACGACCUGCCCAAUUACAUCUGGAAGGCUGCUGUGGUGCUCUUCAUGAAGCUGCGAGGGAAUUUUUCGUCUCACAUCAACUUGAAGAGCUCCUCUCCUUUUUAG